GAGCUUUACCUCUUCAUUCUCACCAUGGACUGGACAGGCACAGUUCUUGCAGUUGCUGCACUUAUCCUUCUCUUUCAAGUGUUGCCAUGGAAAACUAGGGCUAAAACUAAGAGGCUACCACCCGGUCCGAGAGGGCUUCCGAUUCUCGGAAACCUUUUGAUGGUAGGGAGCAAACCGCACCGAGAUCUUCGACUAUUAGCCCUCAAGUAUGGCCCCAUCAUGCACUUACGCUUCGGUUUCAUGCCCGUAAUCGUUGUCUCGUCCCCCGAAGCCGCCGAGCUAUUCCUCAAGACACAUGACCUUGUGUUCGCUAGCAGACCGCCUCAUGAAGCGUCUAAGUGUAUCUGUUACAAUCAGCAAAAUUUGGCCUUCUCCCCCUACGGCUCAUACUGGCGCAACAUGCGUAAGAUGUGCACCUUGGAGUUACUUAGUAACCACAAGAUUACUUCUUUCAGGUCGAUGAGGAAACAAGAACUCGAUCUUUUGGUUCGACGUAUCCGAGAGGCUGCUACCAGUGCUGUUGCUGUUGAUCUUAGUUCCGAGGUCACGUCGUUUAGUACCGAUGUUUCUUGUAGAAUGAUCAUUGGAAAGAAAUAUAAUCGUGACGAUUUCGGUGAAAAAGGGUUCACGGCUACACUCCGAGAGGCUAUGCAAAUAGGAUCUUGUUUUAACUUAGCUGAUUACAUUCCUCAAAUUAGGGUACUCGAUCUCCAGAGACUAACAAAGCGUAUGAAAGCUAUUGCCAAGGAUUUUGAUGACUUCUGUGAGAAGAUAAUUGAGGAGCAUGUUCAAUCCGAAGACGAAAACAGGGUCAAGGACUUUGUCGAUGUCAUGUUGGGAUUCGUUGGAUCGGAAGAAACUCACGAGUACCGUGUCGAACGAGACACUAUCAAAGCGAUCAUCUUGGACAUGCUUGCAGCUUCGAUGGAUAGUUCAGCUGCUACGAUUGAUUGGACAAUGACCGAACUCAUCAGACAUCCACGGGUGACAAAGAAACUCCGAAAUGAACUCGAAAGCGUGGUAGGCACGAAAAGGAUGGUCGAAGAGUCGGACCUGGAGAAAUUGGAGUACUUAGACAUGGUUAUCAAAGAAAGCUUCAGACUUCAUCCGGCGGCACCGUUGCUUGCGCCGCACGCCGCUAGGGAGGAUUGCAUGGUGAACGGCUUUCACAUACCCAAGGAUGCUCGUAUCAUGAUAAACGCAUGGGCCAUAGGUCGAGACCAAAGGGUUUGGACCGAUGCAGACGAGUUUUAUCCAGAGAGAUUCGUUGGAAGCGACAUUGACCUUGGCGGACAUAACUUUGAGCUGAUCCCGUUUGGUUCCGGUCGCAGAGGCUGCCCCGGAAUGCAAUUGGCUCUUACCGUCGUUCGGCUCGUGGUGGCACAAUUGGUUCAUUGCUUUGAUUGGGAGCUGCCGGAUAAUAUGUUGCCAACUGAAUUGGAUAUGACCGAGGACUUUGGACUUGUUUGUCCUAGAGCCUGCCAUCUCCUAGUUAUACCAACAUGGCGUCUAAAGACUUUCUAA